AUGUUGCCAGAAAUACUUUUGCAGUGUUCCAGCUGUCAUCCUCUGGUUGUUGGGAAACCGUUCCGAACAGAAGAUAUCCGAGUAGAAGAAUUCGAUGAUCAACAGCCUGCCAGUUCAGUAUUGGGUAUCAAUGAUGGCUGCGACUUAUUAGAGGACUUACGUGAUCGUGUGUGGGUCAGCGAAUAUAUUUUAAAAGGGCAGUUUGGUCGGGGAACUGUUCAGAAUAAAAUUCGUGGAAAAGUGAAUCGGGAAUAUGGUUAUGAACACAUUACAUAUCAUCAGAUGACCAAAUUUCUGCUUCAGUUACAAGCUCAUUAUAAAAAAUUAGCUUUUGAAUUGGCAAAUGUUGAUUUAGAAAGCCAAGAAGCCUUCGAGCUGGCUUGUAAGGGGUUACCAAGACCAAAAGUAUUAGGUUCACCUGUGAUAUAUUUCAUUAAACUGCUACACUUUAGUUUACCCUUUUUCACGAUCAGUUUGCAUUGUGUGUGCAGUAAUGAUGAUUUUUUACAAGAUUUCAUCAAUGAGAUUGCACUUUCUCUUGGUUCUGUGGCUUCAUGCCGUCAGUUGCUACGAAAGCGAAUAGGACCAUUCAGUUGCUCACAUUCAUUAUUGGAUAAGCAUUUUACUCUGAAAAACAUUUUGCAAAAUAUGAAGUUUUGCAAUAAAAUCAUUGAAUAUGACGACAAGACAUUGGAUAAAGAAGUUGUAAAGGCUACACCCCAGUUAUCUUUAGAAGAAGUUCUUGAAGAUGAACUCGUUGAAACGUUUGGCAAUUUAAACGAAAAUGAAACCGUUGAGGAUUGUUUGCGAAUUCCUUGGGGCAGAACAUAUGACUGA